AUGUACCUAAGUUCUGAGAAUCAUACUAGUAGUAACUAUUUAUCUAACUUCCCUUGUGUUUACUGCAUAAGAACACAAGAGGAGCGCAACAUGGAUGACAAAUUGGUAUCAGAUGAAGUGCAUUUACGCAACUUCAGCCAAUCGCCACUAACACAGCAACGACGUUUAAGUACAAAUUCGAAUGCCACUAAGACAACAAGUCAAAAGGAUGCCCCCAACAAUACAACUCCCCUCUCAAGACGACGGUGUUCAGGUGGCAGCGCUGUGGUCUUAGGAAACGGAACCGACAAUUUUUCACCGUCUGCAACGCACAAAAGUAUUGAGCAAAACGGAAAUGAAUUUCUGAACACCGAAAGGGUAAAAAACGUGGCGGAUGAUGUUGUUGAUUUCAUUGAAGAUGACGAUGAUGAAAAUGUGGAUGAAGAUAAUCUCGAUAACGAUGCAGUUGGUGGUUUAAGUAAUCCUGCAGCACAAAUAAAUGACAACGAUGAUUCCAAAGAUGCACAAAGCGUUAAUACGGACAAUAUGAAGGCAGCAGAUAUGUCAAAAAUCCCACGCCUACCUGGUGAUGGUGCACAAAUGGAAGAUGAGUUGCCUUCAUCCUUGCGUGCCUCUACAAUGACAAUCUCAUCAAAUUUACGCAAAUUAAAUGCUAGUGGCUUUAGUGGUGCUGGCCAUCCAGGGGCCGGAAGUGGCAACAGUUCGAAAAAUGCACCUUUGCGUGUACAAUCCGUACGCAUUGUCGAGGAUAAAAAGCGAUACGCACCCAAGAGACGCACAGAAAGUUGCAGUAUUUUUGGUAAUAGCAAUUUUGACGCUAACAUGGAGGAUGGCUUUGCACCGCAAAUACGUCCACUUAACAAUGAAACAUAUUCAGCUUUUAAGAGUGCCAAUGUUGUGAAAGGCAUAUUGUGUCCUUCAUUGACAAAUUCCUUCAAGCAGCAAUCAUUGGAGCGGUCAUAUUUGACAUAUACACACCGACAACGUCAGAAAUCCCUCAUUAUUGUCAAUUUAGUUGAUUUCGUAUUGAAAGUUGCGCUCGCUUUAAUUUGGUUCCUGAGAGAAGUCGACACAGAGAUUGUCUUGGAAGUCAACCUUGCCACAUCAAUUACUUGGUCCAUUUGUUGUAUUGUCGCAAAUAUGGGUAUUUGUGUCCUGGGCUACUGGCGUUGCUUUGCAAAUAAUUACCUGCACUGGGCUGCAGUGUGCACGUGGAUUCUAUUUAAUAUUCAAGGAUUCGUUGGCAAAGGAGUUGGCUUCGCCGAUCGCGAAUACCUCGUUUGGUAUAUACUUUUUGUUAUAUUUGUGCCGUACGCAAUGUUGCCGCUGCCGCUGAAGUGGUGCGUCGUUGGUGGCACCAUAACAGCCAGCUGUCAUCUGGCCGUAAUUACAAUAAUUAAAUUACAGAACCAGGAAAAAUCGAACUGCAUUUUAUUUCAAAUAUUUGCCAACUUUAUGCUUUAUACGGCAAUAAACGUAGCUGGGAUGUACACCAAGUAUUUAACCGACAGAGGUCAACGCUUGGCAUUUAUUGAGACGCACAAAGCCAUGGAACAUAAAAAGGAAUCAGAGAAGGAACUACAAAGGACACAAAAACUUUUGGACUCAAUUCUGCCCAACAUUGUCAACAACCAGAUUCGCACGGAAAUGUACAAAGGCACCGAUCCGAUGGUGGAGACACAAUUCAAUAAACUCUACGUGUACCCGAUGCACAACGUCAGUAUUCUGUUCGCGGACAUCAAGGGUUCACGGAAUUGCCAACAAAUAUCAUCAGCAAAUGCAACUCGGAAAAUCCUGAAUGACCUCUUUGCUCGCUUCGACUGAAUCGCAAGAGAUAAUCACUGUUUACGGGUUAAAUUGCUGGGCGAUUGUUAUUAUUGCGUGUCCCAAUUCGAGAGCGAUAACUGGAAAACACGUCCGGAUCAUGCAGUUUGCAGUGUCGAGACAGGACUUCACAUGAUAAGAGCUAUUAAAGAUGUCAGACUGCACACGCAUGUCGAUUUAAAUAUGCGCAUUGGCAUCCAUAGCGGUUCGGUUAUGUGCGGCGUUUUGGGUAACAAAAAAUGGCAUUUUGAUGUUUGGUCAAAUGACGUUAUAAUUGCCAAUCACAUGGAAUCCGGUGGCAUACCAGGGCGUGUGCACAUUUCGGAAGCAACACUUAAAUGUCUAAAUGACGCCUACGAAGUGGAACCAGGCAACGGCGGCAGCCGGGACAAUCAUCUCAAAAUGCUGAACAUCAAAACGUUCCUCAUCAAACGCACUGAACCAUUGAGACCCAAACGUCGUUUUGGCACGCGUAGCAGUCAGCAUCUUGCGACUACCAAUACUAGCGCUAGCACACCAACGGCCGCAAUUCCUAAUUCCAACAUGGCAAACAUUUUUAACAAAUCAAAUUCCACAACUGGUGUACUUGUGGAGCAGCCACUUCCUGCGCUGCAUCCACUUCCUCCGCAUCCGCCGCUUGCUGUGGUCAAAAAGAAAAACAUUUCAUUAAACUCGCUACCAAAUGUGGUUGAGGGUGUCGCCUUGGGUUCGAAUAUGCCUUCGCCAACGGCCGCGUCAUUGCCCAUGGAACAUCAAUCGAAAUCGAAUGGUGCCAGUGUGCACAAUUUGGCGGACACGAUAGAUAGUAAAACAAUUAUCACAGAGGAUGAACCGACUACGGAGUGGAUACCGGAAAUUCCAUUUAAAAACUUGAACUCACCGGAAGAAGGACUGAACCGUACUGAUUCCAUGUUAGGAGAUGUAAAACAGGAUCAUCGUAUAUCUGUCACUGGAUUGGAUGAAGAGAUCGAUGAAUUUAUUGAACAAAAUAUACAAAUAAAUUCCAACAAGGAAAUAAGGCGUGAGUACCUCAAUACAUGGACUUUGAAGUUCAAAGAUAAAUGUCAAGAGCAGAAAUUCUGUCAAUUAAGGGAAGACAUGUUUCGUUCGAAUAUGUUGUGUGUGUUCAUAAUCUGGAUUUUUAUUGUGCUCUGCCAAGUGAUCAUUACGCCGCGCUGCACGAAACUCAUCAUUUACCUUUCCGUUGGUACAGUGAUACUGACUUGCUGCUGUGUUUUAGUAAUGGCUGAAGAGUUUUCAGGUUUACCGGACUUCCUCAAAAGAAAUUCUGCAAAAUUGGUGCAUCAAAGAAAUCGUCGUACAUACUUCAUAUGCUCCGUCAUCAUACUAAUGUCAGUGUUAAGCGCAGUUGGUUUACUCAUAUGUCCAUCAUCAACUUACUAUGACGGCACAGAUAGUACAGCCUUCGGUAUACCCACCAUAGUCACUACGAAUGCCAUGAGCGCUUAUGCACCAAACACCACAGCACCUAUCAUCAAUUCAAAUGAGAAGGAAAUCAAAUUAAAUGUUUACUUAUCGGCCACAAUUCAUCACAACAUCACCAUUAAUACACCGAAUGGUGCCAUUGUCGAUACAAUUAUCACUGAUAAUUUCACUGCGGCACCAGCGGGUGAACUUGUACGCAAAAGUAUUGUGAAUGUUUUCAAUUUAACCCAAGCUCCGCUAAGUAUUCUAAAUGGCUCAGUGGAGUCCUUCGAGAACUCACAUCGUUCGUUGGUAAUUGCUAAUCCAAAGGAAAACACUUAUAUGAAUUCCUCAUUCGCGUAUGCUGAUGUUGGUACUGAUGAUAAUCUCGUGGAUUGCGCACAUCCCGAAUACAUUGUCUUCACUUGGGUACUGUGUUUGGUGUCAUUAGCUACUGCGCUAAAACUUUAUUACUUGGUUAAGACCAUUAUGGCGCUGUGCAUGGUGGCGUUUUAUACCAAUCUAAUUGUACUUAUGUUUCCACAUAUCUAUUCCGAGGCUGAAGCUGCAAUUAUUGAACAAUCUCGACUCGGUAUGCCGCUCGGUGUGCAGAUGUUAAUUUUAUUGGCUUCAUUUUUGGUAAUGGUUUGCUAUCACGCGCGCUUAGUGGAGGUUACAUCACGUUUGGACUUUAUUUGGAAGGAGCAAGCUGAAAGAGAACUAACAAAUAUGAAAUCCAAUCGAGCGCUAAAUGAUACAUUAAUUAAGAAUAUAUUGCCAGAUCAUGUGGCUGCCUACUAUUUGUCAGACGAACACACCGACGAACUAUACUCCAAAAUGCACAACUUGUGCGGCGUUAUGUUCGCUUCCAUACCCAAUUUUCAGGAUUUCUAUUCCGAGGACAUUGACAACGGAAAAGCCUGCAUACGCAUUCUAAAUGAAAUUAUAUGUGAUUUCGAUGAGCUACUGGAGGAGCCGCGUUUCGCUUCAAUCGAAAAGAUAAAAACAGUGGGUGCCACUUAUAUGGCAGCCGCAGGACUUAAUGCCCAGCAUUUGAGUGCACGCGGUGAAACUUCUGAGGAUAGCGUUUGUGAUUUAAUCGAAUUUGCAUUUGCGAUGAAACAGAAACUCGAAGAGAUCAAUAAAGAGGCUUUUAACAAUUUUCAAUUGCGUGUGGGUAUUUGUAGUGGACCACUGGUGAGCGGUGUUAUUGGUGCACGCAAGCCGGUCUAUGAUAUAUGGGGCAAUACAGUGAAUGUGGCGUCGCGUAUGGAUUCAACUGGUGAAAAUUGGCGUAUACAAGUACCAGCGAAUACAGCGGAUUUGCUUAAAUCGAAAGGUUACACAUGUGUGAAACGAGGAGAGAUAAAUGUUAAAGGUAAAGGUUUAAUGACCACAUAUUUCGUGCAUCCAAAAGGAGUUACGGAGAGCCAAUUAACUUCACCUGUACGUAUGCCAGCAGGCAUGCCAAUUGCACAGACACCAAACUUGCAACGACAAACUUCUCAUCAUGGUUCCUUUAGUGCUGUGGUCUUUGGCAUGUUACAGGCAUCGAAACGAUGUACAACAGUGGCGGGCACACCAACUGGUACACCCUCUCCGCAAAUACGUGGUCGUCGUGGCAGCACUUUCAGUUCGGUACGACUAUCUCAAAAAUCGAUUACGAAUAAUCCAGUGCGACGGAAUACAACACGCGUGAGAGCGCGUUCUUAUAGACAAAAGAAGAGCUCCUCAAACAAUUCUAUUGUAACGCAGACGAGUGGUUCCUUUUUACCUUCGUUCAGACGCAUCGAUCAAAUUGAAACCGCCAUCUCGAAGAGUCACAAUGAUGCUUUAUAGCCAACGCGCAAUUGGGUUUAAAUUUAAGACCAAUAUUUUAAAUAAAAGCCAAAAGUUUUUUA